AUGGAAAGCGCGUUUGAGUGUAAAGAUAAAAGUUUUUCGCUAAAUGAAAGUGAUAUUCCCGGAGCUAAGCUACCUAAGCCGAUUGAGGAAUGCAAUUGUGCAAUUUUACGACGAUGGCUUCUUUGCAGAGGAGCAAAAACCUCUGGUAAACUCUCUGAUUUACGACUGAGAGUCAAAAAUUAUAUCGAACAUAAACUGGCGGAAAAGUAUCUAUGUGACCCUGAUGGAGGCGUUCAUGUUUUGAAAAAGAAAGCACAAGCUGGUCUCCUACAUCAGACAUUGCCAUCAGAAGUUAAAAGUUUUCCUACCACAGGAUAUAGUGCCGACCUAACAAAUCUACCAAAAGUUACUUUUGGCACUGUAUGGAAGUUUAUGAUAGACAGCAUGGAAUUCAAAAGACGACUUUCAACUGCUAAGCCUCUAGUGAAAGGCUAUAAUUUCUUUAAGUCAAACCAUGUGCUGUGUUUGUAUUAUCUCCACAAGGAUUCAAAACAUUACAUCAAAAGUCAGGUCUUGCCUUCAAUGAAGAAAAAGAUGGUAUAUACUUGUUACAUUAAGCUUUCAUCAUUUGGCUUUGUUUUGUCAGCCAAAUGUGGGUGCCCAGCAGGUGUGGAUGGGAGAUGUAAUCACGUCUGUGCAACUCUUUUUUUCCUUGACUCUAUUUGUAAGAAAAAUAAGAAGUCAUCUUCAGAAAUUUCAUGCAUGUCAAAGCCAUGUGAAUGGAGUGUACCAAGAAAGAGAAAAGAAGAAGUGCAGCCAAUUUCUGCAAUGAAGUUCCAGAAAUAUGACUACAACAAAGAGAACAAAAAAGCAGAAGAUAAAUGCAAAUACCAGGAUGUCAGCUCCAUUAACCAGGAAGGUUUAAAUAGUAAAAACUUACAAAGCAUUUUUAACAAAUUUAAAGAACUAGAAAAUGAGGUUAGGAAGUCCAUUGGAUGUUGUCACAUUUUACCCCAGGAUAUCCCAGUUGAGAAGUAUGAGAAUGAACUCAUAUCUCCCAUAAAAGUUCAAGACAACCCUAUGGCAAUGAGUGCCAUUAAAGAGAGGAUGGAAAAGAUUAAGAAAUGCCUUUUCAUAGACUACAGAAAGGCCUCAGAAAUUGAAAAAGAAACUAGAGAGCAAUCCUUUAAUAAGAAAUGGCACCUACAUCGACAAUACCGCAUUACAGCAUCUAAAUUCUAUAGAGCUGCUGUACUUAAACAAACAACCUCACCAACAAAGGCCAUUAAUGAAAUUUUGUAUGCCAAAUUUUCAGCAACGAAGCAAAUGAUAAAAGGACUAGAAAUGGAACCAGAAAUAAUGAAGCAAUACAUAAAGGAGCAACACAAACGUGGACAUGACAAUUUGUCUGUGUCACAGUCAGUUCUGAUUGUUGGCAAGCAUGAUGAUGGUUUCUUAGGGGCUAGUCCUGAUGGCUUGGUUUGUGAUCCCUCGAACAAUAAUGAACCUUUAGGUAUCCUAGAAAUGAAGUUCAUAGAAACAUCUGAAAAGGAAAGUUUAACAGAAGCUGUCUUACGUAAGCAUGUGUGUAAGCACAAACUUGACAACAGUGGUAUUACAAUUAACAGAAACCACAAAUAUUUUUACCAAAUACAGCAGGGAAUGUAUUUAUCAGGGAGGAAGUGGGCAGACUUUGUGAUUGCUGGAUCUUGUUCACCUGGUAUAUAUAUUGAAAGAGUACCUUUUGACUCUAAUUUCUGGUGCAAUACUAAGGCAAAACUUAAGAUUUUCUAUGAAGAAUUUAUUAUUCCUGAACUAGCAUAUCCAAAGAUCAAGUAUGGGCUGCCAAGAAACAAUUUCACAGGAGAUAAUUAAAUGGUGUAACUUGUAAAGAUUUUUAAAACAUAAAUUACUAAGGAUAAAUAACAGUUGAAAA